GCGGCUCGGUGGUGACGGUGGCCCAAGAGGCGGCGCGUCUGAACAGUGGCGGGAGCUGUUUGCCGGGCUUGCUAGCUUGGGACGCUAAGGGUGUCCUUCCUGGGCUGGGCUAGGCUGGAAAGGGCCUUGAAGCGUCGGACAUCAUCUCAAAGGCAGGGCCUGGUGCCCCGGGCUCCGCUUUGUGGCAGCGCCGCAGUACGGCGAGCGGGCUGGUUUUCAGAGAUCUUCCAGAAGAGGAGCAUCCUUCCUUCUUUCUCUUCGAGCUGACCGUGCAGUGGACCAUCCAUGCCUCUCCUAACCCAGCACGUUCAGGACGAGGACGAACAGUACUGCUUAGUGGCCAGCCUUGACAACGUUAGGAAUCUCUCCACUGUCUUGAAAGCCAUUCAUUUCAAAGAACAUGCCGCGUGUUUUGCUACUAAAAACGGACUCAAGGUUACAGUGGAAAAUGCGAAGUGCGUGCAAGCAAAUGCCUUUAUUCAGGCUGAAGUGUUUCAAGAGUUUAUCAUUCGGGAAGAAUCUGUUACUUUCAGAGUUAACUUAACUAUCCUUUUAGACUGUUUAUCUAUUUUUGGAUCAAGUCCUACACCAGGUACUUUAACUGCACUUCGGAUGUGUUACCAAGGUUAUGGUCACCCUUUGAUGCUAUUUCUAGAAGGAGGAGGAGUGGUGACAGUUUGCAAAAUUAACACCCAGGAACCUGAAGAGACUCUGGAUUUUGAUUUCUGUAGCACCAAUGUUAUGAAUAAAAUUAUCUUGCAGUCAGAGGGUCUCCGUGAAGCAUUUUCCGAGUUGGACAUGACAAGUGAUGUUCUGCAGAUCACCGUGUCUCCUGACAAGCCCUAUUUCAGGUUAUCUACUUUUGGAAAUGCAGGAAGCUCCCACCUUGACUAUCCCAAAGAUUCUGACUUGAUGGAAGCAUUUCACUGUAAUAAGACCCAGGUCAACAGAUACAAACUUUCUUUACUGAAACCCUCUACAAAGGCAUUAGCUUUAUCCUGUAAAGUAUCUAUUCGGACAGAUAAUCGAGGAUUCCUCUCAUUACAGUACAUGAUUAGAAAUGAAGAUGGGCAAAUAUGUUUUGUGGAAUAUUACUGCUGUCCCGAUGAAGACGUUGAGUCUUGAAUAAUUUACUGUGAAUAUUUAUGUGUAUUUGUAGUUGUGUUCUCACUUUGCAUAAUCUUCAUGAUUUCAUAUUGGAUUAUCUAUAAAGACUCAUGGAAAGAGCAGUGUUGGCACAUGCCUUUAAUUCCGGAACUUGGGAGGCAGAUGAAGGUGGAUCUCUGUGAGUUCGAAACCAGCCUUGUCUGCAAAGUGAGUUCCAGGACAGGCUCCAAAGCUUCAGAGAAACCC